AUGCAUCGGCAGUGGUUGUCACGUUUGGAAGGUGAUCAAGCAGCAGUAGCUCCGCCAGCACCGCCGGCAGCCAUUGAAUUUGACAACGAUAUACAAUUGGAUGAUAACGACAACAAUGAUUUUGAUAUUGACCUGAAUGCUCAGCAUGAGGAGUCCUUAGCCGCAAGUGCAGGAAAUGCCGCAUUAUCAGCUAACCAAGAGCAGCAGCAGCAACCGCACAGUCAUCAACGAUCAUCAUCCACACUAACAGAACAGCAGCAGCAGUCGCAAGAAUCAUUAGAUAUUUCCCCUUCAGGAUCGGCUGGUACUUCAGGACAACAACAACAACCACCACCACCAACAACACUGCCUUUGUUGCUUUAUCAACAGCCACAACAACAACAACAACAAACUGAAGAAUCUAAACAUUUACCGCCGUCCUACGAUCACCGAUAUCAUCAUAAUCCCCGCUCAUCGUACCAUCAUCAACACCACCACCACCAGCAGCAGCAUCAUUCAGCAUCGUCUAGCAGCGCUGGUUCUGGUUAUCCCUACGAAUUUGGUACAACUAAAAACGGUACCAACAACAACAAUAAUAACAACAACAGCAGCAGCGGCACCAGCAACAAUUCUACAAUGUUCGCCCAGACUAGCAGCAGCAGCAAUGCCGAACGCAAUGGUUCCACAGAUAAUGGUGGUGCAACCACCAGCAAUGGUGGGGUCGGCGGCAGCGGCAGCAACAAUGAACCAGUUGUCGAUCGUCUAAAAUUACUUUAUCCGAAUGUCAACGAAAACGAAACACCAUUGCCACGUUGCUGGAGUCCACACGAUAAAUGUUUGUCAAUUGGUUUGUCGCAGAAUAAUUUGCGGGUCCAUUUUAAAGAGAGAUGA